GGAGAUCAGGGCACCCUAUCGUCCAACAGUCUCCCAGUCCUCUAUCAAGUCAAUAUAUACCCUCUGUUCAAAAUCCAUUUCUUCGGUUCUUCAAUGCUGCGAUUGCUUCGAAAUUUCAAGUAUUUUUCCCGGCGGGAGCUGCAGCGUGUUUGCUCCACAGUGGCCACCUGUGAUCGGAGUGAUGUCCAUAUGGUGCUUCCAUCGGUCAUGCCCUCAGAGUUUGCCAAGAGAAUCCGCCCGCUCCCUGUGCCCGAGCUGAUCGAGAAGUUUUCCAAUGACGCUCCCGGCGGCCAGUUUGCCACAAUAGCAGAAUACCUUCAGAGUGAUCCAAGUUCUGUCGCCGUCCUGGUGCCGCAGGAGAUCGAUCUACACCGAAAGAUGGUCCUGGAUGAUCUCAAUGCCUAUAUGCACGCGAAAGAUGCAUUCAGGGAGACACAUGGAUUUAACCGAAUAUUUGCGCACGUCCUGGUUGUGGCUGGUGCCGAGUCUAUCCCAAGAUGCCCUUUGCGCCAGAAAUCUGAUCUACUAUAUCUCUGCGACUGCUUGAGACCAGGUGCGGCCCUGGUUCUCUACCGAACCCGAAAGCGAAAGACUGGAGCGUUACUCUUUCUUCCCGAGGAUGUUGACUCCCAGCUGUCUACGAUUUACAGCGAAAUGCACCACGUUGACGACGUUCUGCCCCUCGCCAUGAUAAAAAAAAGUUUGCUCUGGCUACUAAAAGAUCACUCUCCCGAGCUGUGGCACUCCCCCGACCCUUCGAGCUUGGUCAGCCGGAUAGUAGAAGAGGCAGCCCAAGAGGCCAAAAUGUCUCUGUGCAAUCCGAAAUACAUCACCCAGUACACGCGCACAGUUAAGACAACCCGGGAGCUGAGUGCUCUGCGUCGGGCUAACGCUAUUGCCGCAGAUUCCAUGGCGGAGGUGAUGGCCCAGCCCCAGCACAGCUCCCAUGAGCUGGCCACAUCCUUCGACUACAUGUGCCGUAUGCGCUACGGCCAACCGGACGAGUCAAAGGUGUGCUGCAGAUUAGAUGGCAAUGGGCUGUGGCAGAUGAAUGCUGGCUGCCAGUAUGGUGGCUACGAAGGGGGAUUGGCAAGAUGCUGGCCAAGCGCAGGCCGGUUCACUCCGCCCCAGAAAAUGCUCUAUGGUGCACUGCUGGACAUGCAACGCGAUCUGUGCUCCUUGAUUCAGUCCUCUGGAAGUGAGGGUGCUGUGCGCACUCCUCUAGAACUGCAUGCCGCCUACCUAAUCCUUUUAGGCAGAUACCUCUGGGAGCUCCGGGUGCUGCCCAAAAGCCGUAGAAGUCCAGCUGAGACUUUCGAACUGGCCCGCAAGUACAGCUGCUCUCCAAUCGUCGUCUCUCACGUAGGCCUUGGUAAACGAGACACGAGUCGGAAACUCCUCGAUUACCCCCUGACUCCCGGGAACGUGAUUUCGUUGCACCUGUCCAUCUCGAUUCCCGAUGACUGCUGCCAGGCCUAUCCAGAGUUCCGAGGCAUCCUUUGCCAGCUCGGCGACACCUUCCACAUUCGAGAUGACUACUCCGUGGAGGUUCUAACAGACCUCUGCCCCACCGAGCCCCAGGCGAUCGAAGUGUGCUUGCCGGCUGGCCGAGCCAGAUUCUCACGAUUGAAGGCUGUCGCGGACCAGGACGAAUCUUGUGAUAGGCGCCGGCUGCCUGACCUCGAAGGCGAAAAACAAAUUGCCUAAGGCAUGCCGCGGUGAUAAGGACAUAUCCAGCAAUUCCAUCGAAUUAAUAGUGUAAACCUAAAAAGUCAUAUAUUUAUUUUUUUUGGUUCAUUUAUAUAUUAAAACUCGAUAUGUCAUUUGUUGAGUUUAUUUGAACACGUCACUCUUGUACUCGAACAGAGGCUCAGCUGGCUUCUAGUGCCUUAUCAGGAAUUUAUAAAUGUUUAUGGCGCGAUGUGAUAAAUAAUUGCAUGUGGUAAAAGCUGAUAAGAGCAAGUUUUUACACUUCUGUUAAUUACUAGAGUGGUCACACCUCCCCAGCGUAUCUAUCUUACCAAUUAUAGGAGCAAAUCGAAUUUCCUCCAACAACAACGUUUAUCCCCCACCAUAUACAUGAAACCAAGAAUCGAAAAGGCCCCCUUAAUAGCUGACUAAUUGUGUGGUAACACGAAAUCAGUUUAUUUCCCAACUGCUGAACGGUCGACUGCGCUUACAGCCCCAAUAAUGAUUUCC